CAGGUGCAGUACAUCGACCUGCAGGAUCGGUUCGACAGCGACAUCCAGACGCUGGAGCUGCUCCAGAGCAUCGUGGAGUUCAUGCACCCCUCCUUCGGCUUCAGCUGGGUCCUCAAGGACCUGAAGGGGACGCUGGCGCAGGAGCUGGACUUCGAGAACGAGGGCCGCAACGCGGAGCGCUGUGCCCGGGACCUGCGGCGCUUCCCCUACAUCGUCGUGCCCAAGGUGCACUGGGACAGGUGCAGCAAGCGGGUGCUGACGGCCGAUUUCUGCGAGGGCUGCAAGAUCAACAGCGUGGAGGGCAUCCGGAGCCAGGGCCUGCAGCUCAAGGACGCUGCAGAGAAGCUAAUCCAGGUGUUCGCCGAGCAGAUCUUCUACACGGGCUUCAUCCACGCGGACCCACACCCGGGCAAUGUGUUGGUGCGAAAGGGCCCGGACGGGAAGGCGCAGCUGGUGCUGCUGGACCACGGCCUCUACGAGUUCCUCAGUGAGGGGGACCGAGCGGCGCUGUGCCAGCUGUGGCAAGCCAUCAUCCUGCGCAACGAUGCGGCCAUGAAGGUGCACUCGGCUGCGCUCGGCGUCAAGGAUUACUUCCUGUUCUGCGAGCUGCUGCUGCAGCGGCCCCUGCACCCGGGGCAGCUGGCGUUAUCGAACCUGCUGACGCGGGAGGAGACGGCCUACAUGCAGGCCAUGGCUCAGCACCACUUCGACCGCAUCAUGGGGGUGCUCAAGGCCCUGCCGCGGCCCAUGCUGCUCGUCUUCCGCAACAUCAACACCGUGCGCAGCAUCAACGUGGCCCUGGGUGCCCCCGCCGACCGCUACUUCCUCAUGGCCAAGAGUGCCGUACGCAGCUGGAGCAGGCUGGUGGGGCAGAAGUCCUCGGGCAUCCGGGGCAGCACCCUCUUCCGCUGGCUGCGGGUGACUUGGGAGAGCCUCAAGUUUGAGGUGGCCCUCAGGGUGGAGACGCUGUCCAUGAAGCUGACAGCCUCGUUCCUGCGCCUCCUCGCCUCCCUGGGCUUCUUCCCCGAGAACGAGCAGAUCUACCAGUACCUGCAAGCCUAGCCAGGCCUCUGCUGUGGACUGACAGCUGGGGCAGGACCCUGGGGGACAGGGCAGCUGCUGGGAGCUUUGCCCCCCUCACUUUGGAUACCAAUAAAACUCCCUGGUGCCUAUGCAAGAGCCAGCACUUC